UUCUUUCAAAAUAUGUAUAUCAAAUUCAUCAAUUAGUUAUCACAAUACGUCAUACUUUUUUUUGUUAGAAAUGGCACGUGUAAGACAUACACAUUCAGUUCGUAUAGUAAGCGUGUUUAUUAAAUUUUAAUAAACAAUGAGUUUAACAUUUAGACGUAUGUCUGUGCAAUAUAAAAGUACACGUUUUUUAAGUGAAUUAGCUGGUGAUGAAAAAAAGAAGUUUGGUAAACGUAUAAUUGUUAAAAAAAAUAAAAGUGAUGAAAACAAUGAUCUAACCUCAAAAUUAACAAAAACGGAAUUUAAAUUUAUGAGAAAAGAUAUUAAAUCAUCGCCUUAUGAUGUCCCUCCUAAACUUACAUCAAUUCGAAGAUCUAAACCAAAAUACAAAGGAUAUUAUACAAAAACAAAUCAACUUACUGCUGAAAAUUAUAUUUUUAGUCGAAAUUCAGAAGAAAAAGCCGAUUUUGUAUAUGGAAUACGAAAGAAUAAAUUCUCCAAAAAUUAUCACACAAAUUCAUUAUGUGCCAAUUUUAUGUUAAAGGAGAGUAAAAAUUUUGAAAAAUCUCUAAUAAAUAAAACAUCAACAAAGAAAAAUGAUAAUUUAAUUAAUUUACCAAGUAAAAAAUAUCGCUAUCUUAAUAAUUCAAAAUUUAAAAUAAUUAAAGUUAAAAAUCCUAUAAACAAUGAGAAUAUAACAAUUAAGGCAACAAAUGAAAUUUCAAAAAAUAAAGAAACAAUUGAACAAGUCAGUGAUAAUAAUUAUUUAAAAAUAGAUGAAAAUCGAGAAAAUGAAAUUAAUUUACAAAUGCUUCCUUCAGCUUUGUUUAAAACAAUUUUUCCCGAAGAAAAUGAGUCUAUUGUUUCAUCAGAGAAAUUAGAUUCAAUUAAAAAAGAAUUACUAACUUUUGGAUUAAAUGUUGAUAAUCAAAUUCGCUUACCAAAUGUGGAUUUAGAAUUACCUAGUCUCGAAGGAAAGAAUAUUGAGGAGCAUUUUUAUAAUAUUGCCAAUUCACAAAUUAAACCCUACAUGAAAGUUGUAAAUGAACUUGUUAAAAAAAUACCUCCAGUUCCUGAACAAUGGAUUUUUCAAGAAGGAUGGACAAGAUACACGGAAUCAGGAUCGGAAAAAGUGGAUUACCCAUUGGAAGAGGGUUUAAUUUUUGAUGUUGAAGUUUGUAUGAGUGAGGGACCACUUCCUACAUUAGCAACAGCAGUUAGUAAAAAUGCAUGGUACGGUUGGAUAUCAAAAUCUCUCGUCGAAAAUUCUAGUCUUGUUGUGAAAGAUCGUUUUCUUUCAAAUGAAUUUCUAAUUCCUCUAGAAAGUACAUCUGAUGAUUAUGGAACAAAAUUAAAUAAUUUUCAAAAACGUGGUAAAAUAAUAAUUGGUCAUAAUGUAUCGUAUGAUCGUGCACGAAUUAAAGAACAAUAUUGGUUAAAUUCAACUGGAACACGAUUUAUCGACACAAUGUCAAUGCAUAUAUGCGUCAGCGGAAUAAACAGUUUUCAACGAGCAUUAUUGAAGGCUGAUAAAGAGGACCUUGAGGAAAACUUGCGCAAUCAUUCAUCGUUGAACAAUUUGGGUGACGUUCAUCAACUCUAUUGUGGCGAGAAAAUCAAUAAAAAGGCACGCGACUUAUUUGUCGAUGGUACUUUAUUACAAAUUCGUGAAAAUUUCAAUGAUAUGAUGAAAUAUUGUGCCAAUGAUGUUAAAGCGACAUUUAAUAUUUUUCAAAAAUUAUUACCAAUGUUUCAGGAACGUUUUCCACAUCCAGUUAGUUUUGCCGGUAUGUUGGAACUUGGUUGUGCUUAUUUACCAGUGAAUUCAAAUUGGCAACGUUAUAUUGAAGAAUCAGAAUUGACAUUUGAGGAUUUUAGUCAUGAAUCAAAGGCUAUUUUAUCGAAUCGUGCGGCUGAGGUUUGUCAACUUAUGCACGAUGAGAAAUAUAAAAAAGAUUUAUGGAUGUGGGAUCAGGAUUGGAGUACUCAGGAUAUUAAAAUUAAAUCGAUAUUGACGAAACAACAACGCGAUGAAAUGAUUAAAGAUAAAGCAAAAAGGGCAAUUGAAAAAGAAAAUUUAAAAAAUGAAGAAGAAGAAAUUGAUCCACUUGAAGAGAAAUUCGCUUAUUUGAACGAUACGAAAUAUUAUCUACCUGCAAAAAUGCCUCACAUGCCCGGCUAUCCAAAUUGGUAUCGAAAAUUAUGUGACAAAAAGAACAACGAAGAUUGGUUACCAGGUGCUCAGAAUAUUAGCACUUCUAUGAAAGUUGUGCCUAAAAUUUUGAAUCUCACAUGGGAAAAUUAUCCCCUACAUUAUAUACGUGAACAUGGUUGGGGAUUUCUCGUGCCUUAUAAUAAUGAUCUAGCUAUAGAAACAAAAAUUCCUUUAAAAGAACUAUUGAAACAAUGUCCACUACCAAUUGAAUCAAAAACAGAAAUUGAAAUUGAUUACACAAUGAUGACACUCGAUAAGGAGGUACAAAGUGAUUUAUCAAAAACAGAAUUUUGGCGCGAUAAAAAGAAGAAAAAUCCCGAAAAUAAUUUCUAUAAAGGCAGUGGAAUUUGGUGUAAUAUUGACAUUGAUAAUUGUUGUUGGUUCUUUAAAUUACCACACAAAGAUGGAACAUCAAAAAACGUUGGCAAUCCAUUGGCUAAAGAUUUUUUAAAUAAAUUCUCCGACAAUGUACUCGCUGGUCUUGAUGUUAGUGCAUCGUCAGUUUUAAAAAUAGCAAGAAUGCUCUCCUAUUGGCGAAAUAAUCGUGAUCGAAUUUUAUCUCAAUUGGUAAUUUGGUUCGAUGAAAAGAGUCUAUCGAGUGCAUUGAAACGUGAUAAAAGAAAAAUGCGUUACGGUGCAAUUCUUCCACAAGUUAUUGUUUCGGGAACACUUACACGUCGAGCAGUGGAACCAACAUGGAUGACGGCAUCAAAUGCUCAUGCCGAAAGAAUUGGAUCUGAAUUACGUUCAAUGAUUCAAGCACCACCGGGAUAUAAUAUUGUUGGUGCCGAUGUUGAUAGUCAAGAAUUGUGGAUUGCAUCAAUAAUUGGUGAUGCUUAUCAUGCAAAAAUUCACGGAGCAACACCAUUUGGAUGGAUGACAUUGAUUGGUAAUAAAGCCGAUGGAACGGAUAUGCAUAGUGUUACAGCAAAGGCAAUUGGUAUAUCGAGAGAUCAUGCAAAAAUAAUUAAUUACGCACGUAUUUAUGGUGCUGGUCAAAGAUUUGCCGAGAGAUUAUUGAAGCAAUUUAAUCCAACAAUGACGGAAGCUGAAGCGGGGGCAAAAUCAAAAAAAAUGUUCGCCAUGACAAAGGGGAGAAAAAUUUUUAGACUUAAAAAAGAAUUUAUCAGCAAAGAAUUGGUUGAUAAGGAAUAUAGUUCGGGUUUAAUGUUUAAAAUUGCGAAAAUUUAUGGUCGAACGGCAAGUGAAAUGUUUGAAAAAGGACAAUGGAUCGGUGGUUCUGAAUCGGCAAUGUUCAAUAGACUUGAAGAAAUUGCUGGUAAUUUAACGCCGGUUACACCGUUUUUGAAUUCAAGAUUAAGUCGUGCCUUGGAGGGACAGGAAAUUGAUGACGAUAAAUAUUUACCAACAAAAGUCAAUUGGGUUGUUCAAAGUGGUGCUGUUGAUUUUUUACAUUUAAUGUUGGUUUCAAUGCGAUGGCUAAUGAAAGAUAAUGCAAGAUUUUGUCUAUCAUUUCAUGAUGAAAUUCGUUAUUUAGUCGCGAAUAAAUAUAAAUAUAAUGCUGCACUUGCAAUGCAUAUUACAAAUUUAUUGACACGUUCAUUUUGUUCGUCGCGACUUGGUUUAAAAGAUUUGCCAAUGUCAGUGGCUUUUUUCACAUCGGUUGAAGUUGACACUGUAUUGAGAAAAGAAGCGAGUAGUGAUUGUAAAACACCAUCAAAUCCACAUGGUCUUCAGGCUGGUUAUGAAAUAUCACCUGGCGAAAGUUUAGAUGUAUGGAAAGCUAUUGAAAAAUCUUCUGGAUCAAUUGGCUCAUGGCAUAAUAAAAAUAAAAUCAAUUCUAUUGAUACAAAUUUGAAAAAUAAAGAAGAGGCGAAUGAUGAUCAAAUUUCACAAUGUCUAAAUCAACCAAACGUAAGCAUGUAACAAGAGAACUUGAGGAGGAUUUAAGUGUGCCAUCGGAGUCUCAAUCGAUAGUUCAACUGAUAGAAUCAAGAGGAAAUAACCUUCACGAAGCAAUGGAUGUAAACGGAGAACGAUUUCUUAUAUCUAUGCCACGAAAGUUUCGA